UGCUGAAAAUCAUGGCAGUUCAGAAAAAUGUGUUUGGUGAGGUGGCCAAUCUUUGUGGAAGGAAUAGGAAAAUGAGUCUGGAUUACAGUAUCACGGAUGUGCAAUGGGAACCGGCUGGAGGUAAAAAAAAAUUACAACUUAAUUUGUUUCUUUCUGAAUGACCCAACUGAUUUCCUGUAUUACGCUUGCCGUAAUGAAAGAAUAAAAAUCUGCUUUUAGCCCGUAUUAUAUUAGGGUCUUAUUCCACGAGCGCUGUUUUCGACGAAAUGAAUUAGGUGCAUGCACAUUAAAGAUAAAUUAGGCUUGGCGAGAAAAUAUUUCGCUUCUCCAGUCGGAGUAUAAAAGUGGGUAAAUUCAAUAGAAUAAUUACUCAUGUUCAACCAUCCGUAUUUCGCAGACACAAUUUCUCGCGAACAAUUUCGCCGUCGUGGAAUCAGGCCUUUAGGUAUGCUCGACUGCCAGACGGCAUUAGGGAUAGCUUCCCUGAAUUGCCUCACUGUUGAAAAAACAAUUAAAUUUCGGUUUGAAAAUGCUUUCCCAGCGAUUUUUUUGGCUUGCCAAUCAUAACUCCUCAGUUAUGUUUCUUGCUUUGCUUCGCACAAACAAAUUUGCCCAUUGGGAAAACUGACUUUUGACCUCGUUCACUCGAGACCAGACAAACUUGGAACCUUUUUAAACGAAAAGCAUCCGAAUGGUUUUUGAGACCCGAGAUGCUUGGUUUGCAAGCGGUACGAAAAAGUUACGGCGUUUGUAUUCGCACGAACCCGCCAGGUUCUCUAAACCUAAUCACCUGUUUUUUGUUCGUAGAAGAAAGACUUGCGACUGCUGCCGGCAAUGGAACCAUUCUUGUAUGGAAUGUAAAUUUAACAAAGAAUAGCAGACAAGUAAACUGUGGAAAAAGAGGUACAGAUCUUUUCUGCCAUUAUUGUUUUUUUUUUCUCAAUAGACGAAUUGACGCCUAGUUAAAGUUAAGUAAAGUUGUUCUAUGACCUGCAAAGACAAAUAGUAUGGUUAGCAAACAUGCAGCCGUAUGCCAAGGAUGAUAGAGAGUUUGGAAAAUACAACGGCAACGAGAACGUUAAUUCUCAUCAACAAUAGUAUCUUUACUCUAAGACAAAGGCGACUAUAAUUUGCAUUUCUUAACUCUUAAAGCCUAGUUCUCAUUCAUCGCAAUCUGUCACCGACGAUCGGCGACGCUUAUCGCCGAUACUCGCCGAGCGCGAAUGCACGAAAGUUCUCAUACAUCGGUGAUCGUCGCAGAUGACAGCCGAUGUGUUUCGAAAUUUCCCAAAUUUCCCACAAAAUGGGCCCAUUCAACGUAAAGUUCAUGAUUUCUGUCAAACUUCAGUUGAUUAUUUCCUUGCUUGUUGAGGAAAAAACAACUUUUACUCAUUUCUCAUAGAUUUUUUAAGCAGGUGGCAGUCGGCGAUGGUCGCAAGAAACAAACUUUUUUGUUUCCUGCGAUGUCAUCGCCGAUGGUCGGCGACGAUUACGGACAGUCGGCAAUAUAAUUUUUGAUGUGUUCUCAUAAAUGGCAAGCGGUCGCCGACGUCGCAAAGCUCCCAUCGCCGACGGUUUGCGAUGAAUGAGAACUAGGCUUAAGCAUUCUGGUUUGUCGUUAUUUACAUCAUUUUCACGGCUCAUGGCCACGCCAACAGAUUAGUACGUCAAGGCAUUUGGGGUGUUUUAUGUGAAUUCACUUACUAUCGCUACUUCAGGGAUUUUCAGGGUUGCUUAAAAGAAAGAUAAGUACUUUUAAAAGUUUAGUAAUGUAUGUUCUGGCUCGGAGACAAAAGUGUAAGUGAUUUUGUUUUCUGCUGUCGCCGUCGUUGGUUGCCAAACUCACUAGUAGUUCUUCUGCAACCGUUACUAUACUGACUCUAUAAGUCUUAAAGUGUGUAUAUUGCUUUGUAUAUUACUCAUUUUUAGUUCUUAAGGUCGGUUUACACUUGGAACUUUUCUUCUUCUGAUGCAUGUGAACGAGUGGAUGAACUAUGAAUGUUCAGAUGUUGGGACAUAAACUCAGAUCAUUCAUAACUCAUCUACUCGUUCACAUACAUCAGGAAGAAGAAAAAUCGCACUAGAAAUCGUUGCAAAAAUAAUUUGCAAGUGUGAAUGGGCCUUUAGUCAUAUUCAUGUAGCCUCAUGUGAAACCUAAUUGCGUGCUUCGGUGUAUAAUAGUUAUCAUAAAUGCAAUUGUACUUGUAGCUGCAACAAUUGUGCAUAAUUUUAUUCAGAUAUAACCGAGCACAAGAGAACUGUGAACAGAAUUUCAUUCCAUCCUACUGAUCGUGAUGUCUUGAUCAGUGGCUCUCAAGACGGUACCAUGAGAUGUUUUGUAAGUUAUACACUCCCUAAUAACAUGAACAAUUAAUCGCUAUACUCGAACUAUACAAUUGUUCUCUCAAAAUAAGCUACAAUCCUGGACAAAACGUCUGCGACACUUUCAAUUAUUUGACAAAAUUUCGUAUUAUUAUCGCAAAUUUACAAAACCUCCCCCUUACCCCCACCAAUCAAUGUUGGUUGCAUUCACAGAAUAUGGUUAAAACGUCCAACAUUGUUUUGGGGGGUGGAGGGGGCGAAGGAGUAAAUUAUUCCGGUCUAAUUGUUUUAAUAGAGUGUCGCUGAUGGUUUUGUCCAGGAUUGUAGUCUCUUAUAAAAUAACCUAAGGGUGAGAUUAAAGAGUUGUCUUCUUUAGGAUCUUCGUAGACCAGAAACAGUGGCUGUAUCUACCUUUAAAGGAAAGUCACAGAACACCAGUAUUCGGGAUGUAAAGGUACAGAAACUACAUAUACCAGUAUUUUGCCGGAGGGAAUUCAUCAAACAAUAGAUCGUUUGUUGUAAAACUCCAUAAAAAGGCCAUAUUAUAUGUUGUUAUCAUAUAUUGCAUCAAAUUAAAAGUUAUAUUUCUGUACGUUUCGGCAUGUCUAUAAGAUCAUGACAAACAAAGUUUAUCGAAUUAGAGGAACCUAGGAGGACUAGAGGUGCAUAUACUAUACUUAUUAUAACUUGUCAGUCAAAUGUAACGUGUUUCCAAAAUUUAGAGAAGUUGAAGUCCUGUGAGUCGAGUCUCUUCUCUUGCUUUCCAAUUAUGCAAGGAGAACUCGGUUUGAUCCUUCGAAAUUCCGUUCCGCGAGAAGCUUAUUAAUGUACAUAUUGUAUCUUGCAAGAACACUUUUUUGAAAUCUGUAUGCAUAUGGAAUGCAGUUCAUACAAGAACAUGGGCAUACUACUUAGAAUGUAUUAGCCAUUUUAAAAACUUUUUAACCCUCCCAUUACUCCGUUCAGCAUUUGGUGUGUUUUAUGAAUGAUUGUUUUGAUAUCAUUUAGUUUAAACCAUUCGAUGGAAAGUAUUUUGCUGCGGCAACGGAAAUUGGCCAAAUUCAGGUAAGUAGAAAGAACACAAUUCCGGAAUGCCUUUACAUUUCCUCUUUUAACCAAUCAGAUGAAGCAAUUUUGUGAAGAAAUUACGAAAACGUGAUCGUGCACAAUUACAAAUAUAGAAUUCUAAAAUUUUGAAAACUUUAUUAAGUAACCAAUUUUUCUUUAAAAAUAAUAGUAAAAUUAUCUGCACUGGAAAGAGCAACUGAUUAUUUAAUCAAUUAAUAUCUUCCGGUAAUUUUCGUAAUUGUCACUCUCAAUAUCACUGUUAUUAGCAUAAUCAGAUUUACCACUUUCGUGCUUUGUUAUUAGACCUAGUUAGAAACAGAAGCGAAAAAUGCAACUUUUGGUCCAUGGCAGGAAUUGAACCUGCGGCCCUGCGAUUUCGGUGCAGUGCUUUAACCGAAUGAGUUACAGAGGCCAGUUCUCGAGCUUUAACCACAAGUUCAUGUAUAUAUCUUUAACCACAAGUUCAUGUACCUAUCAGACGACCACAAGUUCAUGUUCGACUUUAACCACAAGUUCAUGUACCUAUCUUUAACCACAAGUUCAUGUACCUAUCAGACGACAUUGAAAGGCUGCAGAAGAGAGCUCUAAGAAUAAUCUACCUUUGGAUGCCUUACACUGAUUUCCUCGAAGAAAGCGGUCUGCCUCGCCUCUUCGAACGCAGGCAGCUCUUGACGUGCAAACUGUUUAAUGAGAUCACUCGAGAUCAAUCCCACAAACUCAGACCUCUACUACCAUCUGAAAAUAACUGUUCAUACCAACUGAGACGUAAAAGGCAACUUAACGUUCCAAGGGCCAAAACUGAUCGGUUUAUGAAUUCUUUUAUUGUUAGUAAUUGUAAAUAUUGUUAAUCAUUAGGUUUCUUAAAUUUUUAUAAUUGUAAAGUUUUAACACAAUUCAGCCAUUAUCAGCUGUAAAGUCUUUUAAAACUGAAUAAAUCAUCUAUCUAUCUAUCUAUCAUAUACUAGGUACUGCCAUGCCCGUAUAGGUUAUGGGUAAAUAUCUAGAUUUUGGUGGCUCACUCGAAUGAAUAAUAUUUUAUGGGUAUUGUAGAUGGAAAUUGUCGAGUGGAAAUAUUAUAUAUACAGUACAUGAACUUGUGGUUGGAGCUCGACAACUGGCCUCUGUAGCUCAAUUGGUUAGAGCGCUGUCCGGAAUCGCAGGGCCUCGGGUUCAAUUCCUGCUAGGGACCUGAAGUUGCAUUUUUCGCUUCUGUUCCUAGUUAGGUCUGUUAAAUGUAUAUAAAUUUCCACUCGACAAUUUCCAUCUACAAUACCCUUCAAAUAUUAUUCAUUCGAGUGAGAUGCCACAAAAAUCUUGACAUUUACUUCAUACAACUAACUCGUUUUCCCUCUAUAUUCUAAUACAGCUGUGGGAUAUACGCAAGCCUGAUAACUGUAUUAAGGAGCCGUUUGUGGCACAUAUUGGUCCAGUAUUCUCCAUUGAUUGGCACUCUGAGGAACCAGAUUGGCUUGGCUCUGCUGGAAGGGAUAAGUUAAUUAAAGUAAGUUGCCAAAUGUCUGCACUCUUGUAUGGUUUAAGAUGCUCAACAUUGAGUGCACGAACUAAUGGAAACGUGUUCACUAUAUAUCACGAACGAUAUAAUGAUGAAUGUUUGCUAAACAAUUCACGUUUCGUAUACCGUAACUCACAAGCAUGCCUAUAUACAGUACAGUAUAUCCAUGCUAUGCAAGAAAUUUGAAUGGUCUGGAAAACUUUCCAGAAUGUUUUACUUACUUGACGUAUAAAGUGAUAUGUGUCUAUAAAACAAUUUUAGGUGUGGGACACACAACACAAGCCAACAGAAACGCACCAGAUUCGAGCUAUUGCAGAGGUUGCUCGAAUCAAAUGGAGACCAGCAAUAAAAUAUCAUAUCGCAAGGUUUGCCUGUUUUCCUUUGGAAUUUUACAUAACCAAUACAUAACUCCCUGCCAGAAGUAUAUAGAACAUUAUGCAACUGACUAUCAUUGACAUCUAAUGGCAGACCGGUGUUUAUUUUUGUAGUUGUGCCUUGCUGGUAGAUAACUGCGUUAGCGUAUGGGACAUCCGCAGACCAUACCUUCCACAUGCUCAGUUCACUCAACACCAGGACUCCGUCACAGGUAUCAAUAAGCUCAAAGUUAUACAUGUAGCUCCUGGCAUUUACUUUUCUGUUACAGUAUAUAGUCUGUAGUAGUAUAUAAUAACUACAAUGAAACACGCAAUUUGUGCGGGAUUUUCAAAAUGUCGGACAAUGAAAUUAAUGAAAACAUUUUAACGUGUGAAGUUAGUAUAUUAAACAAGGGAACCUAAAACAGCGAAAGGUUUGCAUUAAGUACAGAAAAUGAAGUUGACGAAUUGGUCUCAACAGCGAUGCUGUACAAGUAGAGCGUCGCUGUAAACUUCUUUGUUGUUUUAGAAGAACAUUCGUGAGGGGUAGCGACUUACAAACUCUAUCUCUGAUUGGUUAGUUCACGAUUGUUAUGAGAAUCGCACAUUUCAUCAAUAAUUUUAAUAAAGUUAACCGUUGUUUCACUGUAGUUAUUUUAUAAAUCAAUUGCCAAAUGGUUUUCCGUGCUUCAUAGCGUCAUCCAUGCAUGUACUUGAGAUCUUGCUCGAAUUUCGGAAAGCCAAAAUCCCGCGUCCAUGGAUGGCGCUAUCCUGCACGGAAAACCAUUUGGUAUUUCUUUAGUAUACAAUUUUAACCAUGCCGGUGCAAGCAUAUACAAGUGGUUCAUUUUACUGCUAACAUUUUACUACUAACUCUUGACGAAGGGCCUUCGCUCGAAACGUCGAGUUUCUGCUUAUUUUUUAAGGUAGUAAUAUAACCACUCAGCACAACAUUUUCAUUUUAAUAACCCCGUAAUAACAGGCUUGCGCAUGUAUGAACACACUAGGAUCCAGGCAUUUAGACAGGUGGAUGUCCAGCAGUCGUAAGGACGGCCACUUGUGAAAAGUGUGUUUUGAGCAGCAUGACAAUGAAACCAAAAUAUUAUUUUUUCAAAAAUGUAACUAUAAACACUGAAAUGGGCAAUUCGCAUACCAAGUUAAGUUGGCCUACCAAGAUUGCACCCGAGACAAAAGAACUAUUUCCAUCUCAAAUAUUGCAUGAAUUGUAUGUCAAGGUAUGAAAGAUUUCCCGUAGUUACAUGAUCUUAUUGGCAACGGCGCCUCCUCUGUUACAAGCUUAAAUUCGCUACACCUAAAGGCCCACACAGACCGGACGCGAUUUGGCAACGCGACGCGAAAAUUCGCGUCGCGUUCCCAAAUCGCGUCCGGUCUGUAUGGACCUUAAAUCUUGCAAGCUUACACCACCAUGCCAGUUGGAUUAUCCCAACGAUUAUCCCUUGCCUCAUGCCAGACAAUAAGGUGAAGGCAUUGUAGAUUUAUUGCGACGAUGUUGUGAUAUUUUUCACUGUAGGAAUAGUGUGGCACAAAGAUCCAAAUAUAUUAUUCUCAUGUGGAAAGGACUCGAUGAUAUAUCAAAACCGGUUCGCUGAUGCCUAUCGACCUGCAGAACAUGCUCCUCCAGUGGCACUGGGUUUCAGUUCGACUGGGAAUAUUACGUUUGCGAAAAGUGAUCAACUUACUGCACCUGAACCGAAACCAAAACAGUAUGUGUGUUUCAUUAUAUUUGGGCCACACUUUUUAUUUAUUUAGUGACUGGUUUUGCCUGCCAAUGUUAGGCGAAGAAGGUUGAUGAAGAAUAAAAUUUCUAUGCUAAUAUCAGCUUGACACGUUUUCCCCAUUGUACUCACUUGAUUUGAAUGCGAUCCAUGAACAAACCAGACCUAUAGUGCGCAAAACAAGUGCACCACAAGCGCGAAGACAAACAUGAAUAAGUACCAAGAUUUAUGUACCAAGAAACUAUAACAAACUCACGCUGCGAAUAUAAAGCUCUGUUUCGAAACUCCAGUCUAGGUUUCUAUAAGGUCUAGAACAAAACUUUCCAAAAUCACUAAAAUACAAAAUGCAGACGGUGUAUGAAUAUAACACGAAUAAAGUAGAUAUGCAGCGCUGUAUCUGGUAUUGGAAAUUGCUGGACAGCAUUCCAAACAUCAAAUUAUUUUCUGUUGCAUUUUGUAGAUGGAAAUUUUGAGUGUGAAUGGACCAUUUGCAUUAUAGACUAAAUUUCGAUCUAGACAAAAAUUUCAUCACAGCUUGAAAGAGCAACACCAAAUUAGUAAUAUUCCAAAGUUUCGUUGCGAAAUGUUGUAAAAUGCGGAUAAUAUAGCCUUGCGAAAUUUGCAAUUUUCAGUCAUUUUGUAUUACAAACGGGAAAUUGAUGCCCCAACACCCGAUUGGGGCAUCAAUUUCCCGUUUGUAAUACAAAAUGACUGAAAAUUGCAAAUUUCGCAAGGCUAUAUUAUCCGCAUUUUACAACAUUUCGCAACGAAACUUUGGAAUAUUACUAAUUUGGUGUUGCUCUUUCAAGCUGUGAUGAAAUUUUUUUCUAGAUCAAAAUUUAGUCUAUAAUGCAAAUGGUCCAUUUUCUACAAUUAUAAGACCUAACUAGGAGCAGUUGCGAAAAAUGCAACAAUAUGACCUCUGGCAGGAAUCGAACUUGCGGCCCUGCGAUUCCGAUAGGGCGCUCUAACUUUUACGGUAUUAUGUUUUCAUUAAGCGUCAUAAGGUUCGCUUCAAUAGUCUUUUAAAUGUGUACUGUAUUAUUCUCUGACUUAUUAUAAUUCUCGUUUUCAUUUCAGGAAAUUUAAUGCGCAUUUGACCGCUUCACUGGGUACAAUGCGAAUUCAGCCAGUCAAGGUCGAUGACGUCACUCCAGUGACUAGCACGAUGUAUAGUUUCACUGCUGACAGCCUGAAUG